GUCAGAUCAAGAGCUACUUUUGGUGCACUGUCAUAUCGCUAUCCAUCUGAUCAUAAAGCAGAUAAACUCACUACACUGCACUGUCUUGCUGCCCACGAGGACUAMAUUCGCUAGCCAAGAUAACAUCACGAUGCGAGACUUUGAGGCAACAAGCUGCGAUCACUUGUUACUUUCGCCRAGRAGCACAGGUAGUAGCUCUAGUGGUUCAGAGACGAGCUUGAGUCCCGGCACCUCGGCGCCCAGGAACACAAGGUACUAUGUUAACAGGAAAGUGAUCACAUUGCCGUUAGACGAUAGAAGGCAUGCAUAUAUGAAGAGAUUGUAUACAAACAGCCGCGAACGAUGGAGACAACAACAUGUUAAUCUUGCUUUUGCUGAGCUUAGGAAACUGAUUCCUACUUAUCCACCAGAGAGAAAACUCUCGAAAAAUGAGAUUCUAAGACUGUCAAUGAAGUACAUUAAAUUCUUGGAGAAAGUUUUGAARGACAUGGAAGUGCGCGGAUCGUCGAGUGACCCAGUAGACCUUAGUAACGAUAGCUAUCAAGAUAGCGAAAUGAAAACUUCACCGACAGAAUCGUCGCCGAAGAAUUGCUCAAUUGAAGARAGUAUGUUCAAACUUGACGACACAAACUCACAAWCUUCMCAAGACGAAAUAUCAGCAUUAAUWUUCGGACAUUCAUGAAUGAGAAAUGGAUUAUUAACUGAACAAUUUGUUACGCAAGGGUCGAGCUUGUUGAGAUUAUCACCGUGAACUUAAGAUAACUGUUAUUCAAGUUUGUACAUAAGAGACUAUCCAAAACUCGAUUACCCCAAUCAUCUUAACAACCCUAAAACACUACAAUAUUUUUGGAAUGUUUGUUUACUAUGUUUACUCUAAUGUAUAUAAGAUUGACUAUCCAAUACCGUUUAGUUUAUGGAUGAUAAGAAUAAGCAAACUCGGUCAAACUUUAUACAAGAGUGUCCCUAUAUCAAUAUAAUGUUUUUCAAAUUGUCGAUACGGACGACAGAUUACCGUGUCUUAGUUGAUUUUAAGAAUGUUUCUCUAGAAAGUUUGUUAUUGUAAAUUUAUACUGUAAAUACUUCAAGAACGAAGCGUGCCCGAUUAAACAAAACGUGUGCCUUAAGUCCAUUAAGGAAAAGCGACAAUAAACUAGAAUGAAAAUGAA